AUCCCCGUCCGCCGUCGUAGAUUCAGAAACCAUGGCAGCUACCACCUUUACGCCACUGCCUAACCUCCGCCGCGGCCACAUGCUUCUAACUGUUCCGAUCUCCAUUCUAAUAAUGCCUCACUGUUUCCAAUUUUCCAUACAUUGCGAGUAGAUGCUUAGAGAAGACAUCUACGGAUUAGAGGAAGCUCCCACUUUUAAAUUCAAGAUCUCCCAGAGGUUGUUUCCAUUAUGGAUUCCAGAACAACCACUCCAUCUCAUCCACUAUCCAAUAGUGCUUCUGAAGUUCAACCUUCCAAAUCAAUUCUUUCUGAGAAAGAUAACCCUUCAGACAACAUAUCUUCUGUGACAUCUACAUCAGGACAACUACCUUCUUUGUCCAAAAACUCAGUUGGUCCACUGCCUGUACCACCUUAUGGAAAACAGGAUUUGGAGACUGGAAAUGAUGGGUGGUCGUCCUUUUCACGCCUUGCCAGUGGAUUGGGAUUGCAGUUCUCUUCUAAAGCGUCCUCGUCAAAUGAGAGCACUGGAGACAGCUCAGCUAAUGCCCAGUCAGGUGUUUUGGAAUCAAUUACUAAAGGAUUGGUUGACUCAUCCAUGAAUGCAGUGAAGGCUGUGCAAGUUAAGGCACGCCAUAUUGUCUCCCAGAAUAAGAGAAGAUACCAGGAGGGUGGAUUUGAUUUGGAUAUGACUUACAUAACUGAGAAUAUUAUUGCUAUGGGAUUUCCAGCGGGCGACAUGAGCUCUGGAUUUUUUGGAUAUGUAGAGGGCUUCUAUCGAAAUCACAUGGAGGAAGUGAUCAAGUUUUUUGAAACACACCAUAAGGGAAAAUACAAAGUUUACAAUUUGUGCUCAGAACGGUUGUACAAUGCUUCGCUAUUUGAAGGAAAGGUUGCAUCAUUCCCAUUUGAUGACCACAAUUGCCCCCCUAUUCAUCUCAUCAAACUGUUCUGCCAAAGUGCUUACUCGUGGCUGAAGGAGGACAUUGUUAACGUGGUAGUCAUUCACUGUAAAGCUGGCAAGGCAAGGACUGGAUUAAUGAUUUGUAGCCUUCUUCUUUUUUUGAAGUUUUUCACAACAGCUGAGGAAUGCAUUGAUUACUAUAACCAAAAAAGAUGCGUAGAUGGCAAGGGUCUCAUCCUUCCAAGCCAGAUUAGGUACGUGAAAUACUUUGAACGCAUCCUGGCACACUUCAAUGGUGAAACCCCGCCAGGACGUAGGUGCAUGCUGCGAGGAUUUCGGUUACACAAGUGUCCCUAUUGGAUCAGGCCUUCAAUUACUAUAUAUAAUCACAGUGGAGUCCUGUUUACAACAAAAAAACACCCAAAAACCAAGGACUUGAUGCCAGAAGAUUUUUGGAUCCGUGCGCCAAGAAAAGGAAUUGUGGUUUUUGCUCUACCAGGGGAACCAGGUCUAACUGAGCUGGUCGGAGACUUCAAAGUUCAUUUUCAUGACCGUCACGGAGAUUUUUACUGCUGGCUAAACACAUCAAUGAUGGAGAAUAGAAUUAUUUUAGAUGCCUCACAACUUGAUGGAUUUGAUAAGAGGAAGUUGCCUUCCCCUGGAUUUGAAGUUGAGAUUGUGAUGAUAGACUACGAUGGAACUGUCCCAGCAACAAAACACAACCCAGAAAGCAGUGCAGCAAACAAGACAACUGAUGAUGACACCAAUGAGAUAGAUCCUACAGCCAUUUUUGGAGUAAUGUUUUGACAAUGGCUCGUUGUUCCUUAAUGGCUUAAGGAAUUUGACGGGGGGGAAUGUCAAGAAUAAUUUUUCUUGUUUGGUUACAGAAGGAUGAAAAAUGGGAGGAAAAAAAGAAGAUGAGAAGAAAAAAAUACACUCCUUCCGUCCAAGUUUGUUUUUUCAAUACACUAUUCACAGGAUC